AUGUCUGCCCAACUAUGCAUUCGAUCUGCGCGUGGCUCCUCAAUCCUGCGCCUUGGAGGUCUACAAUCGCACCACAUCAACCGACCCUUCGUACAGCGACUGCAUCUCGUUCCUCGGUCUUUGCACAGCCUGUCCAGUUCUAGGAAAAUACGACUGAGCCUAAGCUCAUUCCAAUCAUCAUGUUCUCUUCAAUCAUCGCUUGUCAAACCCACAGUGAGGACCUACGCCGACCGAAAAGGAUCCACAGGCAAAGCCGAAGCCGAUAUCCUGGUCGAGGAACUACAAGAGCUAUACGAAGUCGCAAAAGACGAGUUUGAAAUUGCUACCGAGAGCACUGACUCGUCUACCAUCUAUGCUGCUUCAGACCGCGAAUCUGCCCGCGAUGCUCUCAACCAGCUGUCCGAGGUGUACGGCCUUUACAUUACUCGUCCUGGGGAAGUCGAGAAUGAGACAGAGACGUCGGAGGAGAGUCCUACUGUCGAGACCCAAUCUAAUCCGGCAGAGGUCCCACAGGAGGUUAGGGAUGAAGUACGUCGGCGGGUCGGACAUCGGAUUCGGGAGUUGAAGAAUGCUGUUGAGGCGCUCGAGGAGAGGGCUACCGAAGAUUGA